UGAGUUUCGGUUUGGAUGGUGUUUGUUAUGGUCUCGGGUUUGGGUUCAGAGUCUGGACAGUUUGAGUUUCUUUCAGCUGUAAACGUUCAUUCAUAGGCUCUGACGAUUUCCUGGAUAGUUAAGGGAUUCACCCUGAUGAGUACUUAUGGAGAAGGUCCGAAAGAUUCUGGUUCAUCUGUCGAAGGAAAACGCCGCUCCGCAGUGCGCAAGAUUCGUGCAGAGCAUAACUGGACACUUUGUCGGGAGUGUUGAGGAUCAGGCAACUGUGAGCUGUUCUUUGGAGAAUAACAGAUUUAUUGUGUGUGACCGGCUGUGUGAUGGAGGAGUUCCUCUGAAGAGGGCGUCAUUUUGCCCCAUCAAAUACCUGUCUCACUCAGAGGCAGACUCUCUGCCCCAAGACACCCUCAGCCGUGGGGUAGACGUGGGCGUGGCUGUGCUGCUGCAGUCGGCCAAUCAGAGGCUGUUGCUAACGCGUCGCGCCUCCAGCCUCCGGAUCUUCCCCAAUGUUUGGGUUCCGCCCGGUGGCCAUGUGGAGCUGGAUGAAAAGCUGUUGGAUGCAGGACUCAGGGAGCUGAAGGAGGAGACCGGUCUGAUACUGAGCCCUGACGAGAUCUCCUCUCAGCUGCUCGGCCUGUGGGAGUCUGUGUAUCCACCCAUGUUGUCCAUAGGACUGCCUAAGAGACAUCAUGUCGUGACAUACAUGCUUCUGAAGAGCUCUCUAUCACAUCUGCAGCUACAGGCUUGUUUGCGCCCUGAUCCUGCUGAAGUCAGUGCGUGUGUGUGGGUUGAUGCAAGUCUGGUAAAAGUUGUGGUAUCUGCUGUAGACGGUGAGAAUGAUUCUGUCCAAAUACCAUCUGACCUGCCACAGACCAUCAGUGUGACGGAGGUGUCUCCACAAGGUGAGCUGAGCGAGGUCUCGCUGCCUGUUUCUGUCCUUUGUAACCGAGCCCCGGAUCACGGCGAGGACAUUGAACGUGUCAGCACUGGAACCAAAUUUGCCUUAGAACUAUGGUUGAAAAUGCUGGAGCCUCACGCUGAGAUGGGCUGACGACUCCUCUCUUCCUGCUUCUGUUUAUGUACGUUACCAUUUAACCAGUGCCUUGAGGAAAACACCGCCACCUGUUGGAC